UAAUACUUAAGUACUGUGUGAAAACUAUUAGAUAAACUCGUUUUUUAUUGUGCCACACUCUCGUGUAGGUUUUUUUUCUAAUUUUCCGCGUUUAAUAAUAAAUUCCAUUAUCCUUUCUUUCUUUACAAAUGGCUCCAGAAACAAAGAGCCGUAAACCCGCAAACACUGCUUUUAAACAACAACGUUUAAAGGCAUGGCAGCCGAUUCUUACACCAAAAACUGUUCUUCCAACAUUUUUCAUUAUUGGAAUCAUCUUUGCUCCACUUGGUGGUCUAUUACUUUAUGCUAGUAAUAGUGUUAAUGAGUUACAAUUCGAUUACACUUUUUGCGAUCAAAGACCACCAGCACCAGAUGAUCCUUUGGGCCAAAAUCCCAAAUUCGAACCAAUACCAGCUGAUGAUAUUACGUCUUCAUUUUCUAAUUCAGAUUUAAACGCACAAUGGGCUAGGAUUGUUAAAAAGCUUCCAUUAGAAUAUGAUCCAACAGGAACUAGAGAAAUUUGGAAUUGUUUAAUUCAAUUUAAUUUACCAGUGAAUUUGAAACCUCCAGUUUUCAUGUAUUACAGGUUAACAAAUUUUUAUCAAAAUCAUAGAAGAUAUGUUAAAAGUUUUGAUGCUAAUCAACUAAAAGGUGAAGCUGUAUCUGCUGCUACUCUUAAAGCUGGAAGUUGUAAACCAAUGGAUGUCGUUGGUGACAAAAUCAUCUAUCCUUGUGGACUUAUUGCCAACUCAUUAUUUAAUGAUUCAUUCAUUCCCCCAAUUCUUCUUAAUUUGCCUGGUUCUGAUGCUCAAAAUGAAUCCUAUGAAUUUUCACCAAAGGGUAUUGCAUGGCCAUCUGAUAAAGAGAAAUAUGGCAAAACUAAAUACACCAUUGAUCAAAUUCGCCCUCCUUUGGAUUGGGUUGAAAGAUACCCAAAUGGUACUUAUACCGAACAAUUUCCUCCACCUAACAUUGCAGAAGAUGAACAUUUUCAAGUUUGGAUGCGCACUGCAGGUCUUCCUGAUUUUAGAAAAUUAUGGGGAAAAAAUGAAAAAGAUACAAUGAAAAUGGGCCGAUAUCAAGUUGAAAUUCAAUAUCUAUUUCCUGUAACCAAAUAUGGAGGUACUAAAUCUCUCGUAAUUUCUACGGUCUCUUUUCUUGGUGGAAAAAAUUCUUUCCUGGGUUGGGCUUAUAUAGUUGUUGGAGUUAUUUGUGUAGUACUUGGGUGCUUAUUUACUUUAAGACACUUGUACAAACCAAGGAAACUUGGAGAUCAUACCUAUCUCUCUUGGAAUAAUAAUAAUGGACAAAAUAGCGGAAGUAACAAUUAAUUUAUCUAUCCUUACUUUUUUUAUGUAAUUAAUUGUCAUAAGAAAAUUUGUAACAAUUCUUAAAUUUGAAGAAUAGAGUAUAAUUAAUUAGUGACAAAUAAAAUAAUGUGUAUAUUUUAGAUCGAUUAGCUAUUUGAAUUAUUUUGGGUAAAAGUACUACAAUUGGUUUAAUUAAUAUCACUUCUACUUUUUUCUUUACUUUAACUUUAUUAUAAGUAUUGUAAAAUAACCAAAUUUUUUAUAUAAUAAUAUAUUUCAAAAUAGUAAUAUUAUUUAUUUUAUUUAUUUUUUUUUUUU